AUGUCGGUCAAUCACGACAUGGCCCUGGCGGCAGAAACAGUUCCGCCAGGUACCGACCCGAAUCCAGAAACUGGAACCGGAUCGGCAUCUGCAGCGCCCAGGUUGGCGAUGGAUGGAUCUGGGACUCUUCCACCCAUCCACCAAAAGUCGAAUUCAACCCCCGACACCUCGAACCCACCACAACAGCAACAGCAUCAACAACAGCAACAACGACAACUACAACAACAACAGCAACAACCGGUUGUGUUUCGCCCACCCCUGGAGUCAACAGCAACAUGGGCGAAAAAGGCUGCAGCGGGCAAGUAUCGCCCAGUAGCAGACACGCUCCCCGCGACCGUGUUCAGGGACGACUAUGUCCUGGCCUACACCCUUCCCGGCAAGAAGGACACGCCCCAGGGCAUCACAUACACCCAGGUGAUGAAUGCCAUCGCAGACCAAGUCAGAGGCGUGACGGAGCUGCGAUUCGACCAAGUCCAUAAAUAUAUGGCAGCGAUUUUCGAGGAUAAGGCUGAGUUUGACUUUGCCCUUAACAUCCCCCUGGAGAUCACAACCACCUUCUGGAUUCAGCCAUCCAAGACGGUGUACACCUCGGGAGUGGAGGAGACGAUCUUCGCCAACAACAUCGCCUCCACCAAAAAUCUGGAACAGAUCCAGACCGAACUGACGGCUAUCUUCGGUAACCAUGGGACCGUUGACAACAUCAGCUUUGGGUACAUUCGACACCCAACACACACAAUCAAGGACGGUAACAUAUCCUUUCGACUCACGUUCCAUGAGAACAUCCCGUCCAACCCACAGCUGCCCAGGAUCGCCAACUUUCUCCGCUGGAACACGUACUUCUUCUGGAGAAACGCCCCGGCCUUCUGCGUGGGAUGCGGCAUUACUGGACACGACUCUAGAAGCUGCAGCAAGGCAACAGCAAGCCUCGCCCUGAGCAACACACCCCUGCUGACUAAAACCAUCAUGUCGUACCGCUUCAUGGAGGGAACUGUCACGAGACAAGAGCUUGCUCUUGUGACUUCGCCCUAA